CUGUGACACUUUGAGACGUCAAAGUCAAGAAUGUAUUGGGGUUUCCUAUAUUGCCUUCGAAAAACAGUGAAUAAUAUUUUUGUAUUAUUUACUUUCAAGUUUUAGAACAAUGAUCUACAAGUUUUAUGAAAUGUUUCCAUUAUGAUUUCCUACUUACAAAAUCUUAGAUAUACUUCAGUUCAGCAAUUGAGGGCUAUUGAAUUUGGAUAGUCUACCUGUUCACACCUCACAUUUAAGGAUAAUGAUGGAAUAUGAAUACGGCUAUGUUAGAAAAGAGUCGGACUUUCAUAAUAGAUGCUGUGGCGGCAUGCUGUGGUGCAUACGAGACAUUUGCGGGAUAAUCUGUGCAAUUUUAACAUGGCUCUUGAUUUUAUAUGCAGAGUUUGUUGUUAUGUCAGUGAUACUCAUUCCAAACCCAUAUCCAAUUUACAGUGUUAUCAAUAUGAUAAUCUUCCAAUUAUGUGCAUUUUUGGCUAUAACUUCCCAUUUCAAAACUAUGUUUACUGAUCCUGGGGCUGUUCCAAAAGGAAAUGCUACUAAGGAAAUGAUUAAACAAAUGGGUUUUAGAGAGGGGCAGGUGAUAUUUAAAUGUCCUAAAUGUUGCAGUAUAAAACCUGACAGGGCUCAUCACUGCUCUGUUUGCCAAAGGUGCAUAAGGAAAAUGGAUCACCACUGUCCUUGGGUAAAUAAUUGUGUUGGAGAAAAUAAUCAAAAGUAUUUUGUCCUCUUCACUUUUUAUAUCGCCACCAUAUCACUGCACUCGCUCUUUCUUGCUAUAAAUCAAUUCCUUAUGUGCAUCCGGCAUGAGUGGAAAGAGUGCACGACUUACUCUCCUCCGGCGACAGUAGUCCUGCUUCUGUUCUUGAUGUUCGAGGCGCUGCUAUUCGCCAUCUUCACUGUGGUAAUGCUCGGAACGCAAGUGCAGGCCAUUUGGAACGACGAGACAGGCAUCGAGCAGUUGAAGAAGGAGGAGGCUCGCUGGGUGAAGAAGUCCAGGUGGAAGAGCAUACAGGCGGUGUUUGGGCGAUUCUCCUUAUUGUGGUUCUCGCCAUUCGCGCGGCCGGCUCCUAAGUUUAAGAAUGAAAGUGAUUUGUAUGCUGUGUAAAGUAUUAUUUAUUCUACUUUUAUUAAAUACUACCCUUUCCUCCUUUUUUUUACGA